AAUAUUGCUACUUUUGCUAUAAGUUAUAAUUUCGAAAAAAGUGUUGCUAGUUUAUGUAAUUUUUCUUAUAUUAACGGUUGAAUCUUCUUGAUAUAGGUUCAUAAGUUUGACAUUUUCAUAUCCUUUCUUAUAUUUCCUUAGUCAAAUUUCUGACUCCGUCACUAACAUGCUAACAGGUGAAAAUCUCAACAUGAAUUAUUUGACUCCAUAUCUGGAAUCUAUACGACCUAAUUUUAAGAACGGGGCAAAUUUUGCAAUAGGAGGUGCAAGUACACUCCCCAAAAAUGUUUUAUUUAGUCUCAGCACUCAAGUUCUUCAAUUUGUAAGGUUUCUUCAGUUACAAUCCACAGGUUUGGAAGACUUGGUUGAGAAAGACGAUUUGAAGAAUGCACUAUACAUGAUAGACAUAGGACAGAAUGAUCUUGCUGGUGCAUUCACUUACCUUUCUCAAGCUCAAGUUAUUGAAAAGAUCCCUUCUUUCAUAUCUGAAAUCCAAGAUGCAAUCCUGGUGAGCUUUUAAAUUUUUCUUUUGGACAAAGGUCCAGCAAUUGUCCGGGUAGCAUCGGAAAUUGCUCAAUUUCUCU